UCUCUCAGAUUCUAUUCUAUUGAAUUCUAUAUUGUCUAUGCCUGUGUGUGGUGUCACAGUGAACUAUUUCUUGAUCAAUUAUAUCGAAAAUUAAUUAUUCCUGGAAAUGUUUAAAGCACUAAAUUCUUUUAUUAAUUAUGUGUUACUCUAAUAAAGUUGUGCCAUUGGAAAUUUAUUCUCCUGAAGGAAUAUAGCGCAUAAAGAGUUUGCUUUAUUAGUUCAGUAUGAACUGCCACCAAGUAUUAAGUGGCGCCUGUAAUUCAGGAGAUCAAUGUUUUGCUGUCGGUUCAGUAGAGGGUAUUCCUUUCACAGCAUAUGCUGCAGGAUGUAACAUAGUUAUAUUGGCAUCUAACUUUGAAAGGGUACAGAUAAUACCAGGUGCCAUACAUGGCUAUGUCCGCAUUGGAUCUCUAGACUGUAGUACUGACACGGGAAAGAUUGCCGCUGCUUAUGGUGCUGAAGUAUGCAUAUUUGAACCUACACCAUUGAUACACACUGCUGCUACCACCCAUGGUUUGGAGUACCGGUGGGUACAAACCGGUAAACUGGUCGCCGACGGACCUAUCACUGCCCUCUCGUGGAACCUUGAGGGCACUCGUCUAUUGACUGGAGGGAAAAUUUUGCAGCUUUGGCAUCAAGCGUCGCUGUAUCAGGAAGAUAGUCAACCAAAUUCUGGUGUAACCUUUCAAAUCGGCGGCAGCGAUAAAGAUGAUAAACCUAAACAACAAGAAGAAGAAGAACCUGGUUGGAUCUGCGUUUGGCGAUGUCACACAGCAACACCCGCACACCACCUCGCAUUCUCUCCUGACGGCGUCCUUUUCGCAACAUCUGGCAUCAACGACAGGCUAGUUAAGAUCUGGUACCAGAACAAAGUGCUUGUGCAAACGCAUGGAGAGCAUUCGCCGACUGAACUGAACUACACAUUUAUCUAUGUGGCGCAUCCGCGUGCUGUCACACAUCUGUCCUGGCGGAAAACUAGCAAGUAUAUGCCCAAGGGCAGCGUGGGCAAUGUUCUAGUGACGUCAUGCGUGGACAACAUCUGUCGCGUGUGGGCGGAGACGCUGCUGCCGGAGGACGAGUGGGGGGGCGGGUGUGUGACAUCACACGCUCGGUCCCCGCCGCGCCGGCAGCGCGCCACGCAUAGACACAAACACCGUUUCAUGCAGCGCUUGAAGCACAUGAAGACAUGUUUCCAUAUAAGACGGAACGCUCAGUCUUCGAAGCAGCCUGGUGCGCCCAUACCGACUUUGCCUUCUACGUAUAGCGCCCACGACUUCCACAAUCCUUACCACGCUAGUUCCUAUACAGGAGGUCUGCACUUCCACUUGGCGGCUUCAAUAAAUGCGGAGACUGAUAUUCCGCUGGUGCCUUCACUAGCGGGCGGCGGUCGGUUUAUACUGCACUGGCUGCACAAUAAGGAGAUGCAUUUCACCAGCCAAGCUGAAGCUAUAUUACACGAUCUUACCAAAAAAAUUUUAGAUAAAGAAGAUACAGAUGAAGGUUCAGGUUCCGAUCCUACUCACCCUGAAGGAGAAAGUGAAACCAGACAUAGACGGCCAAGUCAUCAUUUGGCUAAAACUCAGUCUGAGGAUAACAGCAAUAGUGAUGAACAACCAGCUAACGGUAACCACAGUCAUCCCAGUCUCUCGAAUACGACGUCUAUAAAUUCAAUAGCUACGGACGUCACAUGUACACACUUGCCAGACUCCCUCGACGCUAAGAUUGAGUCUCUUCUACGUGACUGGUAUCAGAGUCCAGACUUACUGUUCUCUAUACACCCCGUUGAUGGCAGCUUUCUUAUAUGGGUGUGCGAGUGGCUGGACGAGCUGCAGGCAGGCGCGAUCCGACAGGCGCAGGUGUCAUUCUCGGCGAGGAUCCCGGCCGCGUUCCCGCUGGGCGACGCUACCACCAUGUGUACGCCGGCCGCACUCUACCACGCCGCCGCUCAGCCGCUCUACGUACGUCAUCGGACCAAGCCGCAAGUGCCGGGGCAACAACAACAUCCAGAUGCAGUGACAACCCCAUUAGCGAGUGUACAAGAAGAAAAGGAAGAGAAUGAGUGGCCGCAAAAUGAAGAGCAGUCUGAGCCAAAGGAAAAUGUACAUCGAAGGCACACAAGGUCAGGCCCACUGGAGGAGAACAACAACGAGAUGCAACGGAAAACGAGCGUCGCAGCUGAGGACUCGACUGAGAAUCAGGAGGGUGACGUGUUGGAUUCCGCGCCCGUCAUAUCCAUGGUCACCAAUCAUACCAAUGGAACACUCAAUUUAUGGCAACUCACGUUUGAUGAUAAAUCCAAAUUUUCACAAGUAUUAUCAAUAGGACACGCGUCAAGAGCAUCUGGUCAUAGAUUUAGGGUUAACGAUAUAACUUGCCAUCCAGUAUUACCACUGUUGUUAACUACCAGCCAUCACAACAUAUCGGACAAUGAAAGAGAAAACCAGAAAGUAGAUGAAGAUACUGCAGCGGGUGGCCUGUGUUCCGAACUGAUAAUGUGGCGAGUGGAAUGCGUGGGCCCAUUAGGCAAGUCCGGUGGUGUGUCUGAAUUGGCGCGAGUCAACUCGCCCCACUUGUCCGCUUUUAGCAACGUCGCCUGGCUGCCCACGUUGCUCCCCAGCACUACACUGGGCAAUCUAUCUAAUUCGCCGUCGGCUUGCUUCGUGGCGAGCGACGGCGAAAGUCUACGCGUGUUCCAAGCCGUCAUUGACGCUCGCACACUACUCGCCGAGAUCGCCACCUCCGAGCGACGACACAACGAUGUCACUCAACAUCACGACACGAUGUCGCUGUCAUCAGAAUCAACAUUAGAAGAGGGCGGUAUACCACUUCACGACCGUAUCAAAAUAGUGUCUCAGCAAUCGACGGCGCGACCUGGCGCCAUCAUACAAUUACACGCUAUUGCGGAUGCCACGCACGACUGGCACAACACUCAGCUACUACACGUGUUCCAAGAACAGCUUAUUACUGGUGAACGCACAGCACCUGACUCUGAGACGGCUAAUACCGGAGGAGAUAAUUCAGACGUUCACACUAUCACCGAAGCGGGUCUUGAAGCUAUAGUAGACUUGCGCAAAGCAGCAGUUUUCAAUGAACCAUUUUACAUUGUUGUUUUGGAGAGGACAGAUGGCGGGUCCACAGUACACAUGUGGAGGCUUACUGUCUCCUCACAGGCAGAUCCUGCAGAGGACUUCACGAACAGCAUGAUGUAUGUACCGGACAGCGCCCUCGUCCAAGAAGAGGAGGGAGAAUCUCGAAAGAACUCUGUCUCGAUGGACCAAGAUCGAGCGCCUGUACCGCCUCCGCCGCACUCGUAUCUCUCAAUAACUACAAAAAAGGUGUGCGAAUGCCCGCUGUCGCUGCCGGAUGCAGUGGAUGUAAUUCACGCAACACCGGCGGCCGGUCACUUGAGUUCCGCCUCGAUCUAUCCGGCCUGCCUAGCGCCGUACACGCUUGCAACUGCUUGCUCUGACAACACACUAAGAUUUUGGAAAUGCCAUGUUAUGAAAAAAGAUAAUGGAGAAUUUGAUUAUACAUGGAAAGAAUGGGAAAUGAUGAAUAAAGAUCAGGAAUCCACAAUAGACACACCUGGUCAACCUCUGCAUAUAAGUGCCGCAUACUCUGGUCGAAUAGCAUGCGCGUAUAAAUGCGGGAAAUCUUUUACCCGACCAAAAGGAAACAACACUACUACGAACAGUAAUCCUAACGAUGCCCGUUUCGUAAACUUGUGUGUUUGCGUUUAUGAGUGCGAGAGCACUGGAGGCGCUGAGUGGUUACUGGAAGAUACGAUACCACUGAGGAAUGUUAGUCUGCCUAGAGUCGGCGUAUGCACUGAUACGCAAAUUGAUCUGUCGUAUUUGCACGAUACUUCUUUUAUGCAGAAAAAACAGAGGUUAACCCAGGUUCUGCAAACAUUUUCGUCCGAGGAACGAAGUAAUAACCGUAACGGGGAGGGAGAUACGGGCAAAUCUGCGGGUCUUCUCGCGGUGCCGUCGUUUAGCACACUACAGUCCUUGCGAAAAAGUAUUAUGGAGAAUGGGAACACAUGCCCCCUGACGCAGAAGCAUCUUGUGCAACUCGAUUGGGUGUCUAAGGAAGAUGGUUCACAUAUACUUACGGUCGCUGUCGGUUCUAGAGUACUGCUGUUUACACCAGUCUCCAGUGACCUUGCGCAAGCCAAUUUAAAGGCAAUGAAAGAAUCCAUAAACAACAACCGUCCAAUACUCCGCAAGGCGUCUUCGCUCGCUGCACCACUGUUCAUUGAGGAAAUUCGUUGGAUGCAGCUACGGAGAAUCGAAUUAAAGACUGCAGAUGGAUUGCCUCCCCUGCCUAUGCAGAUUUCAUGGGUCCGCGACGGAAUACUCGUAGUCGGGAUGGACUCGGAAAUGCAUGUUUAUUCACAGUGGAAACCCGAGAACCCGCAGUCAUCAUCUGGGCAGUUUGGUGCACAGGAACAGGAAGAAGGUGGUGAAUCUCGGGCACUACGUGAUUCUGAUCUGCGUGUGUCCGCUCCCCACCUGCAACGCGUCUCGUCCAUCAACUUACAAUUGCUCGAACGCGAUGCUAGGAGACGUAACAAAACUCAGCCCGAUCAACCACAGCCACUCCUUGAUUAUAUGCCGGACUACGGCCUGUUCGAGGCGUCGCAAAUGGCAUGUCCGGUACUGCCGCAAUAUCACCCUAAACAGUUGAUGGAAUUGCUCAACAGUGGCAAGAUCAGAUGGGUCAAGGCCAUACUCGCGCAUCUUGUCAGAUGUAUCGGCGGCUCGUAUACAGGUAGAAAUUCGCAAGGCGACGAAGACAGCUUAUCUAGACAGCGCGGCUGGUCGCGCUCACGCACGCUGUCCGUAUCUUUCGCUGCUGGCGCCGGCUCACCGCUAGAUGGCGUCACACAGAUUACAGAAGAUGUCCAGUUAGAUUAUGCGGAGUUAACCUCGGUGCCGCCGCUCCCUCUCUGGACAUUGUUGGUUGCUGAUAAAGAGUCACCACAUCAUCCGUCCACUGUACAAGAGGCUAAGGAUUAUAAUGAUUUAUUUGAUGGGACCAUGGACACAGACGAUGAUUUGGACGCUUUACUCCUUGGCGAAGAGGAGGGAGUUGAUCGGCGACCGUCGAUGCCAGAAAGGCAACCACUUUCACAUUUUGGACCGAGGCAGGGUCGCAUUCUCUCACGGUUAUUAACGCACACACACCUCCCCGGGUUAAGUUCACUGGAUCAGAUGCAUUUACUUGCGUUGGCGGACACUGUGUCUACAUGCGAUGCCGAUUUCGCUGAACGCUUCGCGACUAACGCCAAAGUCGAUGUCGCUCACAGCUCUGGACAGGAAAUAUUGCCUGAUUCUUUGGACGACUGCGGCCUCCGAUUCCUCCUAGCCAUGAAACAUUACGGUUAUUUACUGCGAUGCUUGCCUAUCGCGCAGCGCGCUGCUUUACAGCGGACGGGAGUGGGCACUUGCAACCUUGUGUGGGCAUUCCAUUCUGAGACACACGAACAAUUGCUCGCUUUGGUACCAGGCUAUGCUAAGGGACAACCUAAGUGGAGCACUAUGAGAGAACUUGGCGUCGGUUGGUGGGUUAGAGGCGAUCUACUUCGAACCUGUAUGGAGCGCCUGGCUUGUGCAGCGUACAAACAGAAACAAGAUCCUCUCGACGCGGCUCUGUACUACCUGGCUAUGAAGAAGAGGAUGCUCUUGUGGGGCCUGUUUAGGUCACACCGAGAUGAAAGGAUGACCGCGUUCUUUGCAAAUGACUUCACUGAAGAUCGUUGGCGUAAAGCUGCGCUGACGAAUGCUUAUGUUCUUCUUGGAAAACAACGAUUUGAGCAUGCCGCUGCAUUUUUCCUCCUAGGUGGUGCUCUGAAAGAUGCUUUAGAGGUGUUGAUUACGCGAUUAGGCGACUUACAAUUAGCAAUGGUUGUUGCACGACUCUAUGAAUCAGACAGCAUUUUACCACCAAGUUUGAAGAAAUUACUCAUGGAUGAGAUUUUGGGCGGGGAGACAGAAGAUGGCGAAAUAAUACUUGAGCGCGCUCACCCAGACCCGUUUGUGCGAUCUAUGGCUCUCUGGGAGCUGAAACGGUACGGUGAAGCAUUGGACACGCUUCUAAACCCGGCCGGCCGUCUACACGCCGCUAGAGACAAUGAACCAACGCCCAGCGUGUUCAACUUCUACGUGUACCUGCGCACGCAUCCACGGCUUAAGCGACAUAAUUUGCCUAGUCAGGGUGGAACGUUAGCGCUGCUGCAACAAGAGACAGAAGAAGGCAUAACUCGUUUGGAACGUCGUCUAUACUUCCAAACGGCACACGGACAUUUCAAGGCGGGGUGUCCGGCGCUCGCUCUGGAAGUGCUAUCGAAGUUGCCGGCUCGUAUUCGCGACGAGAAACCUCGACAUCCGGUCUCCGUACCGUCGGUGGAUGAAACCAUCAUACAUACAGGACAACUGGUCGAACAAUCAGUCAAAAAGGAGGAAGAAUCUCUGGAUUGGGGCUCAUCUGCCGCUGAUGUAGACUGGGGAGCCCCCGUUAGUUCUACGAAAAAUGACGAGUUGGUUCUUAGCUGGGACGAUGAAGAUGAUAAGGGUUCCGGUGGUUCUGGCGCUUCUACUCCACCGUUAGAAAUGAAGAUGGACAAGAAGGAAGAACCAUUAAUAAAUGGAGAAGUCGAGAAAGAGAAGGAAUCUGAAGAAACCGUUUCUGUUGAUAUAAUGGCGCAGCAACUCAAAUUUGUGGCCUGUCUGAAGAUUCUCAUGGAGGAAUUGAGCACUUUGGCUACGGGAUUUGAAGUUGAUGGUGGGCACCUCCGGUACCAGCUGUACAUCUGGCUGGAGCGCGAGGUGGAGGCGCUGCGGCGGCUGUGCGGGUACAGCGCCGGCGGCGCGGGCGGCGUGGCGGGCGGCGCGGCCGGCGGCGCCAUCGCUUCGGGCGCCGAGCUAGUAUGUGCUGACGCUGAGCCGCCGCCGCUGCCCGAGCGGCCCACACUACACCAACUGCUGAUGCGCGAGAAAGCCGACUUCGAGGCUAAAGUGCAGCGCGCCGUCAGGCGCAAGAAGUGGCUCAAAGCUAACGAAACCCUUCUCCGGACGCUACUAUCAUACUGUUCGUUACACGGCGCGGGCGGCGGCGGGCUAGCCUCAGUCCGGAUGGAGUUAAUACUGCUGUUACAAGAAUUAGGGCAGGAUAAACAGCACCAACAGUUGCUGUCGCCUUUACCAUUCCCAACUACACUUCCGCUGUUAGCUGCCGCCGUGGCGACCAACAACACAGUGGUCGCUGACCCGGUCAGACAUUUACAGUCGAUGGCACACGACAUGCUCGCGACGACAGGAGAGCUGGGCAUCCCCGGCGGCUCGGCCACUCGGCUGCUGCACACGCUCAGGGAACUAUCGGUCGCUCUCUCUGCCUGCAUUUAUCAGAGUCUAUGCGACUCCGACACCUUCAGUGUCAAGCACUCGCCGCAUCACGACAGUAUUAUUGCUGAAACUCCUGGUACUAGCAACUUACUCGCACGACAGAGACGUCAUUCAACAGAAGAACUCGUAGUUACUACAAUUCCUAGCAAAUGGCCAGGCGUGUCGGCGCUGCGCGGGCUGGCGCUGCGCGCGGCGGAGGAGGAGGACUCGCCGCGGCUGGCCGUGCUGCUGGCGGAGGCGUUCUGCGCCGCGUACCUGGCGCUGCUGGGCUGGGCGCUGGCGGCGCGCGACGCGCACCUGCUGUACCGGCUGGCGGCGCACGAGCCCGACGCCAGGGCGCACGCGCGCCUCUUCGGCGGCGGCGUGCGGCGCCUGCUCACCACCGCGCCCGCGCCCGCGCCCGCGCAGCCUAAACUUAUUGAACGCACGGAAGGCACAUCAGUUUGGUCGUCGCUUCGCGAUAAACGAAACCUCCUAAAUAUGAGAAUAUUAGGACUGGGCCCCACAGCACCACACAAGAAUAUUCAAGAAGGCAGACCCACGUACCGGGAGCAGUUCGUCCCACCGCAGUGCAGUAUACUUACGUAUCUACUAACAAAGCCAACAGCAGAACAAGACCCUGAAAAUUACGACUACGACUCGGCGGAAUCCGGUGCGGAGGACGCGGACGAGAGCGACAGUGACGUCGACGACGAUGACAUCUUUAAUACCAAUACCACUACUAAGAGUGAGAAGCGUCGUAAGGGCGCUAACUUCGAACACUCUGAUCCUGACUCAUACUCGUGGUAUGUAAUGCGCGUCGCCGUGCUGCGGCUCGCGCAACAGAAGCUGCAACACUUUCUGCAACUUUGCGGCAUCGAGAUGUCAGAACUCGCAACAACAAGUCCGACAGUGCACGCAGCUCUGCGGCGAGUGGACCAGUGGCAGCAACAGCUCACGGAAACACUUGAAUCACGACCACCUCCACCAGAUUUUAUCCCUGGUUGCUUCCCUGAACAGCAGACGUCUGGACCGCCUAUUAAUAAAUACAGAUGUCUACUAGAAAAACAUAAUACACCAUUCAAUUCGGCUUUGUUUAGUACAGCACCGGCGAGACGAUUGUGGAGUUAUCUUGUGCGACAAGAACCCGUCCAGGAGUUGUUCAUCCGCGCGGUGUUCUCGCGACGGCGAGCGGUGUCGACGUCGCAAAGCGACGGUGCCGCCGGCGGCGGCGGCGGUAGCGGCGGCAGCGGUUGCGUGCCGCACCCGCGCCGCGACGAUAGUCUGCAAAGCCCCGUCCGCAUCAUACAUAAGGAACAAGACUCCAUCGCCGCAUUCUGUCUCAAUAGGGUGGGUGGCGGCUUGUUGGCGGUGGCGACGGCGCGCGAGGUACAGGAGAUGGACGUAUCGCUGCUGUUGCGCGGCGACGUCAGCUGGGCCGAGGACGAAUGCGACGUUGAUCUCAUGGGGCUCUCCGCCGACCCCGCCGCCCUGCCCGACACCGGCUUCCUGCUCAUACAGCACCAGGACCGGCCAAACAAUGGUUCCGUGCCGGGAACAGGAAACACCUCCCCAUUGAACACCAAUGCGCCGCAAGUUCCAAUUGGUAUGGCCAGCCAGACCGGACGUGGCGCUAGCGUUGUGAAGGGCCUGCAGUUCCCGGGUUGCCACGACCCGAAAUACUGUCGCCUGGUGCUGCACCGCUCGAAGCUUCUCAUGAAACCGGUGCUGAAACAUAAAAUAGACAAUAUCAAACGGAUGGCAGCACAUCCCUCACAGCCGUUGUACCUGACGGGCGGCGCGGACGGGUCGGUGCAGCUGUGGGAGUGGGGGCACACGUCGUGCGUGUGGUCACCGCGCGCGCCCGGCGCCUUCGCCAAGGUGACCCGCGUCCGGUUCUCCGACUACGGCAACAAGUUCGCCGCCUCCGACGCCGACGGCAACCUCGCCAUGUGGCAGCUGCAGCCCUCGGCGCAGCCCGCGCCGCCCGCCGCCGCCACCUCCCAUCAGCAGCACCAGCCGCACCAAUCGCAGGCCUCCGCGAGGCCUUUCUUUACCCACCAAUGUCAUAGUAAAGGAAUAAGCGAUUUUGUAUUCCUAGGCUCGUGCAGUUUAGUAGCUACAGCUGGUCACAGUUCGGAGAGCAAGAAUGUAGCUAUAUGGGACACUUUGAUGCCAACUAAGAAAGCAUUAGUAGUUUCGUGGACGUGCCACGAGGGCGGCGCGGCGUGCGUGGCGUGGGCGGGCGGCGCGCUGGUGUCGUGCGGGCGGCGCGGCGACGUGCUGGUGUGGGACCUGCGCGCGCGCGCGCCGCGCCACAAGCUGCACGCGCACCACGCGCCGCUCAAGUGCCUCGCGCUCUCGCCCCGCGAGGACCUCUACGCCGUCGGCGCCGCCGACGGGGACAUCAAGGUCUUCUCAUUGGCCACCCAUCAAUUGCUUCACACUUUCGCUGGUGAACACGCACGAAGUUCGUUCUUCAAACACAUUGGACAAGGAGUCACGCAAAUACAUAUUGAUAAUGCUGGUCGCCUGUUUUCGUGCGGUGCCGACGGCACUAUGAAAGUACGCAAGCUGCCGGAGAGAGACACGCCGUCGUUACAUCACCACCAGUAUUGAAUUCGUAUUAUUUAAUAAAAUUGUAGCCUGUUCGAUCACUAGCCGUCGCCAAAUCCUUUAUAAAGGAUAGAAUAUUUUUUUAAUAUAUUUCAAAUUAUUUAAAAUCAAUCUAACACAUUUAUGUGUUUAUGUUCAUAAGAGAACAAAGGUUUUACGUAGACGAGGCGGUAGCGGACAGGAGCGCACAUUCGGCGGCGGGGAACCGCCUCCAAACUUAUGUCCCCUUGUGAUUUAUUGAUUGUUGUUGCUAUUCAAUUUAUGAGUAUGAUGAUAAUUAUACUGUUAGACUAGUCACUGGAUAGGCGAUGUUGUAUCUUAUAUUGUAUUUAAAAUGUUAUUGAAUCUUUAGUUAUUUUUCUAGCGUGAAAUAUAUGCUAUUUUUAUCAUAAACUUGUAGAAAAAUUAAAAAUAUAAUUUAUUUAUUUGCACUCGCUGUUAGUAGACGUAACCGGUCCCACGGCCGUGGCUGGCCUAAAUUAUAUAUACAAACUAUAUGGUAGAUGAUAUUUUAAUGUAUCAUUAUAUACGACGUGGAAUGUAUUUUUAGUACUGAUAAAGUGCAAUAAUUCUAACACGUUUGCUAACUUAUGAAUCCGACUGCUGACGUCGUCGAAGCCUUUAACUAGAUAACAGAUUUUAGACUUUUAAACUGUGUACUGUAUUUAGCUUAUGGUUGCAUAUAUUACAAUGUAUCUUGUUGACGCAUAAUGUAUAAUUUAAUUGAGCAUUAUUAUAUCAAUUAAGGUGUGUAAAUCUUUGAUGGCUUACGCGUAUUGCUAAUGAUAUUUAAAUAACUUCUAUACCUAUUACUGUAACAACCACGACGCGUCAUUUUAUGCGAUUCACACAAUAACAUUUCGUCUAUAUUGUAUUUGAAUGUUACAUAAUUAUACUAAAUAUCGCACACCUCGUUCUAUUAGAUCUAAGCUAUUUCUCUAUAUGGUGUACUUGAGAUUACCGUUUUUUUUUAUUGAAUGAUGCGAGCAUUCUCUGAACAAUACAUUUACUACUAUCGCCAUUCUUUUUUUUUUGCACCAGUAUUAAAUCAAAUAAAGGCUGCGAUGAUCAUUUUUAAAAAUUAAUCAAAAGCUAUGUUAAUGUUAUGUUACUACAUUACAUGUGUAACAGAGAUAAUAACGAAUGUGCUUGUGAUAUACUGAAUGUUCAGAUGUGUCUGACAUUUUAUUCCAAUAACUAAAUUAUAUUUAUUUGAUAAAUAUUUAUUAGUAACUGUACUUGAUGUGUUCUGACCAAAUAUUAGAAAAUUCCAUCAUGAUCCAUUAGAUUAUAUUUGGUCUACAAAAUAUAUCAUUAAAAAUGAGCUUACAUGUAAUACAUUAUCUGUGCUGUUGCUUUAUUACUAACUUAGUUUCUCAAUUAUAUGUAUAGUAGCAAGUCGACACAAUUUGCAAAAUAUUUACAUUUAACUAGUUCCUUUUCUUUAUAUUAUAUAUUUUAUACUAUCUUCCUUGUUCAUUAAAAGACAUUGGUUUUCAUUGUUUUUUGUUUGGUUGACUAUUUUUAAUGUUUUUUUAGGUUAUUAUUGUUCACCAAAGUUAAAAUCAUAACGAUAUGACGUUUCAACAAAUAGUUUAGUAAACCUCAAAUGUAAAUUUAUCAAGUUACCAAAAUUUAGGCUUAUAAUUUAAAUUGCAUAAUAGCAGCACGGAAAGCAAAUAAAAAAAUUUAAUCAGCCUAAUCAAUUACAAAUAAUGAUAAAAGUUAUUGCUAAUUUCUUUAAAAUCGCCUCGAAGGUAAAAAUCAAUUAGAUGUCAGACGUAUUUGCUUUCCUUAAUCAGAACUACAUUUCCUUUACAAUAUUUCUAUAGCGACUAGUAUAGAUCUUUUUAAUUUGUCUUGAUGUUCUUAGUUUUAUAGUUUUGAAUAGCUGUAUUUUUUCUGCUUAACACAUUACACAUCUUUUUGAGGUAUGUAGCUGUGAUGUACUUGUAAGUUUAAUUCUGAUAAUUGUUUUUAAUGUUACUAAAACCUGCAAACAGUGGUACAACCAUCCGGUUGGGCAAACAUAUCUCUUUUUUAGUAUUUGUUAGUUUUUAAUAUGUGUGAAGUGACAUGAAUGUCAUGAUUUUUAAAAAUCUUAAAAUCUUUUUCCAGGAAAUCAAAGAUAAAACUUUUUCAAAAAAUCAAACAAUAUUUUACAAUUUUCAUAUAAAAAAGUCAAUAGAACUAUAAAAAAAUUGUCACCUUACGCUAAUUGUAUUCAAAUUUUUCAUGGAUGUAUGAUGUAAUUUAUUACUCUAUAUUUUGUUAACUUUUCUUGAUAAUAAAUAAGGUUUUAAUUUAAAAUCUUACUAAAAAGUAUUGAAGGUAUAAAUAUGCUAGCAAUUAAUAAAAAAGGGAUAUAGAUAAUUAUAAUUUACAUGUGCAACAUACUCUUUAUUGUAUUCAACAAAUAAAAAAAAUAUUGUAAUGAAAAUUUGUAAUAAUUUAACAUAAAAACUACAUUGCAUUAUGUUAAUAUAUGGUAAUUAAUUUGUCGAUAUAGUUCAUAUUUGGAACUUAAAUUCGUUUUAUUUAUGAAGAAACAUAUGAAAUAAAGGUUAACUCAAUAUUAUG